AUCGCUUACGUUGGACGUGUCAACGUAAAAGUGAAAAUAAACAAAGAUAAAUAACGAACCCAAAACUUGACAGUGAAUGUGUUAAAAGUUUUUAUUUUAAAAUAAAUUUGCGUAAAUCGUUGCGUUUUUCGAUUACAAAAAAAUACGUGAUUUAAAUGGAAAUUUUUGAAUUAGUUCCGUCGUUUUUUCUUUAUAAUUUAAUUGAGUAAAACUUAAAAGGGCUGCGAUAAAAAUGUUAAGCGUCUACCGCGUCAGAAUACGGUGCGUGACUUUGAAUUCGAGAUGACAGCUGUCAAGUCACAAUGACGUCUUGGACGAAGGAGUUGGACGAGGCGGCAGUGCUGGCCACGAGAACCGGCCAUUGGCAUGUGGUCUUAUUCUACCUUCUAUGUGGCCUGGCCGCAAUACCUACCUCGUUUCUGGUUUUUUCACAAGUGUUCACAAACGCUACUCCCGAGCACUGGUGUGCGCCACCUCCAGAACUCGAGGCUCUGAGCCUUCCACGAGACCUGGUGCGCUCUCUGACGAUACCAAAAGUACCAGGAGAACAUAGCUCGUAUGAAACUUGCCGUGAAUACGCCGUUGACCCACACGCGUUGUUCGAAGAAUUGAAAGAGUUUGUUGUAGAAAGUUCGAAGGCUAUCAGAGAAGGAGGCGCGUUACAUGUCGUGAACACACGUCAAUUGUUUUUGUCCAAUGACGAAAACGAAAGGAAAUUGCAGAUCUCCAAAGUGGAAGGAGCUAUUCUAUCGAUCAGAGAUAACUCCACGUCACCGUGUUCUCGCGGCUGGACUUACAGCACAGAGCAUUACAAAAGGACGCUUGUUACUGACUUUUCCUUGGUCUGUGACAAGGAAUGGCUGCCACGGACCAGCAAUACCCUGUUCUGGGUUGGCUCCAUCUUCGGGAAUUUGUUCUUCGGGUGGAUGUCGGACAGAUACGGUCGACGUCCAACGAUUCUACUGAUGAUCUUCCUGGAAGUUCCCCUGGCGAUAUCCGCGUCCUUUGCCACCACCUACUGGACGUAUAUCGUGCUGAGAGUGGCCGGAGGACUAUUCUUCCCGGCUCUCUACCAGCUACCGUUCAUACUGGCCUUGGAGCUUAUGCCUCCUGGAAGAAGAAACAUUGCCGGAAUUGUCGUCGGGAUGCUGUUCGCCACCGGCAUGUGUCUACUCUCUCUGCUGGCCUACGCCGUAAGGGACUGGUACCAUCUAUCGCUGGUCACUAGUCUGCCUUUCCUGCUGCUGUACGGAUAUUACUGGCUGAUACCAGAGUCUCCGAGAUGGUUGGUCGGCAGAGGCCGUAUCGCUGAAGCUGAAAAGGUGCUACGGGACCUCGCUAAGAAAAACGGAAUACGGUUACGGAAAGGGUUCCUCCUGGAGCUACACAAGAAAACAAAAGAAGAAGAAGAUGCAGCAGAAAUGACCUGCGUGUCCAACGGGCACUACGGCAGAAUUACGAAAGAUGACCUGGACAGAAGGAUCAGCAACAUGCUGACCUUCCGUCCGGAUCUUACCAGGAUCGCAGAAACCGUAGGAAGUAAAAAUGACGAUUUAGAACGAACUUUCGCGCUGGAACUCACCGAAAGAGAAAUCAAAUCUAAAACAAAAGAAUACGAAAGAGACGACAAUAGAGAGUUCAAUGAUGAAGCAGAUUCGCAGCAGAAGUGGACUCAAACGGAUUUCAAGUCACCUGGAGAUACACUAAGAAGGAAAUCCUUACAGCUUGUUAGUAAGAUAUUCAUCCAAGAAGAUGAAGUAGACGUGAUGGAAAACAAGAGAAUGGAUGAUCAGAACUCCGAGGGUGACUGUAAGGCCUCCCCGCUGGAUGUGUUCAGAUACCCCAAUCUCAGGAGGAAGUUCUUGAUUUUGACUUUUGACUGGGUCUCUCUGGGCGUGGUCUACAACAGUCUCAGCUACAAUACUCCCAACUUGGGCGUCGAUGAUUACUUGGCGUUCUUUAUUGGCGGCGCGGUGGAGCUCCCGUCCUACGUCCUGGCGUGGCGAUGCAUGGAGAGGCUCGGCAGGCGCUGGGUGCUCUGCGCCUUCAUGUGCGUCGGUGGCCUGGCCUGUCUCAGCUGCGUGCUCGUGCCGGAGUCGUGGCCCUGGAUAACGGUGUCUCUAGCGAUGCUCGGCAGGCUGUGUGCCGCGUCAUCCUUCGCAGUCUUCUACGUGAUGAUCGGAGAAUUGCUGCCCACUGUACUGAGAGCCCAGGCGAUGGGCACGGCCUCCUUCAUAUCGGGUCUCGGCUUGCUGGCCUGCCCGUAUAUCGUUCACUUGGCGAUCUACGCGCGAGCUUUGCCGCUGAUCAUCAUGGGUAUACUGAGCGUCGUGGGCGGGAUCACGUCGCUGUUCCUGCCCGAGACCCUGAACCAGCCUUUGCCUCAAACGCUGGGAGACGGAGAAAGAUUCGGAAGAGAUUUCAAAAUAUUAAGUUGUGUCGAAAGACCGAAGAAAUUACGACGCGUCGCUUCUGACGUCCUGGUACUCUGAUCGCAUUUGAAGGGUAAAUUGUAAUUGAAAGAUUGGUAUCUUCAAACGUCUCAAAUGUCUCAAAUUAAUGUUCAUGAUAGAAUAACAUAAGCGUAGGAUGAUAAGCUUAUAAAUAAAUAUGUAAAUAUAGAUGUUAGUCAUUAAAGAAAAA